AUGUCCAACUUGUGGAUGGACGAUGGCCAGCAGGAUGCAUGGUACGGGCAGGGUCAAAGUGCAUCCCAAUCACAAAUGAAUUGGGGACAAUUCGAUUACUCUCAACCUCAGCAACAAGCUCCUACGCAGCAAUUUAGCAAAGAUCAAACUUAUUACCAACAGCAAACUCCCUACACGCAAAACCAGGAUUACUAUGGGGGUCAAAUGUUCUUGCCGAAUGCCGGAUUGAGCGGUAAGUAUUUUCUGGGUGUUCAGCAUGAUGUCAAGCAUAUUCAAGCGGGUUUUUCUACUCUUAUUCUUAUGCAUUGA